AUGUGUGAUGAAUAUACACGUAAAGAGUGGUGUGGUUUAGAAUCACGUGCUAUACGUAGUCUAUUGAAGACAUAUCAAAAUGACCGAAUUAUGUUAUUAACAGUCGACGGGAAAACAAUGGAUGGUGUGUUCGAUAUCGAUGGGUAUAUGAAUAUUUCAGAAGAUAGUGAUGAUAUUGUUGCAGAUGCAAUUUACAGCCGUUUGAAAGCUCUUGGAGAUCCAUUGCCUUCAUCACGACCAUUACAGACGCCACCACGACAAUCUACACGAGACAAUGUGUUAUCGAAAAGUAUUAUGGCUUUGAGAAACACUUUUCAUUCAAUAUCACCAUGGUACAUUGUAGUUGCAUUAUCAUCCUAUAUUUUGGGUACUAUUAUUGGACGUUAG